AUGGCUAUUAUCCGGAACCGUACCCAAUCAGCGUAUGAUUUGUUAUCGGCUCAAUCCAUCGGAGCGGCAUCAGAUCAGGUGGCGACAGGAAUCAAGUAUUUGAAAUCGCGCCGCGGCAAGGUGAUCAUGAUGGUGAACACGUUCCCAUUCUGCGAGGAGUCAAAGUUGAGGGACAAGGUGAUUUGGAGGUGCACUUCGAAGAAGACGAAUUGCAAGGCGCGCAUCCACAUGCUCGGCGCGAACGUCGUCGCCGUGAAGGGAAUGCACAACCACCCGCCUCGAGCACCGACCUCU